AUUCCUGAGAUGAUCCUCCUACUGUUCCUCAUUUUCUUCACUUCAACGAACGCCCUACCCCAAGGGGCUCCCACAUCAGUAUGUCAGACCAUGAUGCCCUUUCAUCAAGGGGGAAUCCCCGCUCAACCUGGACUUUCCCCUUACUCCAUAGUGACAAGGCAACACGGGGAUAAAGUUCAAGUCUCAGUUGGAUCUUCGUUGGGAGUUCGCUUCCAGGGAUUCAUGCUCCAAGGCCGAACUCCGGCGGGGGAGAUUUUGGGGACGUUUCAGACUUCCCCUGUGACUGACGGACAUACCAUCAACUGCGCAGAUCGUGGAGAUACGGUGACUCAUAGCGAUACAAAGGAAAAGGAUCAACUUGAUGUCACUUGGGUACCUCCUGUUGGGUAUGAAGGACCUAUAGUAUUCAACUCGACAGUAGCCCAAAAUUACAACACUUUCUGGGUUGGUAUUGAAUCUCCCACCGUACAAGUGUCAAGGAGAUCCACAAGCGACAACUUUGGAAGAGAUCCCUUCUAUGCCGGUUGUUUCGACACCAAAUAUUGCUUUGGGGCACCAGAAGGAUGUGUUCAAUCGCAAAACUGUAGGGCAGCGGUUGUGGUAACGUCUGUGGGAGGUAAAUUCGUUUUCGAUAUGAAAGCUGACAGAAACGCAGCUUGGGUUGGGGUUGGACUAUCUCAAGAUGCCAGAAUGGGAAACGAUUCCGUGAUAGAGUGCGUUAAAACUCCGAAUGGACGAAUUGAAGCUUUCAUGGCAUGGACGUCGAUUACACCAUAUUCAUCGAUACGAUUAAGUAACCCCUACGUCGGAAUUCAACUCCUGAAUGCCAGUAUAUCUGGAGACACCCUGUACUGUUCUGUUGAACGAAGUUCUCAAACGACGGUGAACGAUCAGGAUUUUGAUUUGACAUCAAAUACUUUUCAUGUACUAGUAGCUUCUGGUUCCAGUGUAGAAGCAAAUUCCGUGGGUUUUCAUGAUCUCUCCAGAGAAGCCAGUGCCCAACCUGUGUCCUUACUGAGCUACUCAUCAGCUGUGCCUAACACACCCCCCAGAAGACCAUUUUCGACCACGCCCCCCUACUUCUCCCCAGAGCCCGUUACGGAAGCCUCUACCGAGUUCGAUCCCUUCUACGACGGAUGCGGGGACACCAAGUUAUGCUUCGGGACACCAGUAAACUGCGACAGGUCGAAGAACUGCAAAGCUGUUGUCGCCGUGACUGUUACCGGGGAUAAAUACGAUUUCGAAAUGAAGGCUGACCGCAGUGCCGCUUGGGUGGGGGUUGGGUUGUCUGAUGAUGACAAGAUGGGACGAGAUUCUGUUAUCGAGUGCGUCAAAGCUGGAAACGGAGUUGAAACGUACAUGUCGUGGACCGGAACAAAUCCCUAUCGAGCUGAUCGGCUGAGUAAUCCAAGACUGGGCAUUGAAUUGCUGAACGCUUCUGUGAUUGAUGGUGUCAUCUAUUGCAAAGUACGACGAAACGUAGUAACCAACGUCAACGGAGUAACUUUCAAUCUAGUUUCUGACGUUUAUAAUAUACUUAUAGCAGCUGGAUCCUCUAUCAGAGAUGGAUCGGUGGGCUUCCACGACAUUGGCUUUCUGGCUAGUGGAGAAGCUCGAGCUCUUUCCGAUACCUCUGAAGUCGGAGCUGCGUCAAAAUUGUUGGUGAGAUUACACGGUUCCCUUAUGUUAGCUGCAUGGAUAGGAACCGCUUCCCUUGGUAUUUUACUGGCUAGGUAUUACCGACAAACCUGGGUCGGAACCACCAUGAUGGGCAAGGAUUUGUGGUUUGCGUGGCAUCGAGUUUUCAUGGUCCUAACUUGGUCAUUCACCUUAGUUGCUUUCGUGUUGAUAUUUGUUGAACUGAAGGCUUGGUCUGCCGAAAACAAUCCCCAUGCUAUUUUGGGCACCAUCACGACGAUCCUGUGCUUCUUCCAGCCCAUUGGAGCUUACUUCAGGCCGCAUCCUGGUACUUCUAAAAGAUCCAUUUUCAACUGGGCCCAUUGGCUGAUUGGAAACACAGCUCACAUAAUAGCAAUUGUGACCUUGUUCUUUGCUGUAACCUUAACCAAAGCUGAGCUACCGAAAUUGAUGGACUACAUUCUAGUAGCCUAUGUUGUGGUGCAUGUUAUUUCUCAUCUGUUACUGUCGGUCUUGAAUUGUAUUUCUGAGAAGUCUUCAGACAGUAGGGUGUCUUCAUUCCCUAUGAAAGAUCUAACUGGUUCCGGAAGAAAUUCUGCGUAUGCAGACCAAGGGAUGGAUGCUCCGUUCUCAACCUUGAGAAAAAUCAUAUUGGGAGUAUACAUACUAGUGAUUCUGCUCAUCACAAUAGCUCUGAUCAUUAUAACAGCACUGGCUCCUAUAGAAACGACCUUUGAAACAAUUCUACCAUCCAAAAGUAUGAACUGAAUGAUUGCCCUGGAUGCAUCAGGAUCAUAUCCAACCAGUCAUGAGUGGAAUCAACCAAAAACGUCACGUUGAUACUAGAAAGGGUGGAAUCAUUUGUAACGCUUAUUCGAAUGUGGUUGACAAUGUUUCUUGUUGAAUUUAGAAUGUUAAUAGCCUUCAACUGUCUGCAAAAGUGUUAACAGAUUUGAAAUUUAUAGGAAAAAAAUGUUUGAUAUUCAAAACUAUAAGAAUGCUAAUUUGGACAGUAAAGAAAUUGUUGUGACCUGAAAUAGAAAUUAAUUCAUGAGUAACUCAAAUAAUAGAUGAAAUGCUAAUAAUACACUAAUCAUGGAAAUCAGAAUUUGAGAAUUGAUGAAAAAUCAAGAAAGGUGCAAAAAUUUUGAAAGUCAAGUAUGUUAAUAUCCACAGAGAACCACAGGUAAUAACUGUCCUACCCCUGAAACUUCCAGAUUAUUCAGUGGUCACUCUCCUCUUUCUUCUGUACACCUACCUCCCUUCUUUCGGUUUUCUGGUUAAGCGUACCAUAGCUUGUUUUCCAACUUGAUUGGAGGUUUCCAUACGUUGCGGAUCUUCAUACUAGACUAACUGUAAGUGUUAUUAUUAUUCAACAUGUAUACAGCUUCUUCAAAUGUUCUUAUAAAUCAGUAUUCUUCACUUAGACGAUUUCAGUCCGGAGUACUUAAUGUUAUAUUGCUGAUUGCUUUUAUUAUGCUCGUCCAUGCAGACAUUUAACGACCUCUUAGUGUAGUCCACAAGAACUAUUUCACAUAAUUUCAGUUCAUUUUCAUCGGAAGUUAUGUUUGUGGUGUCACAGUAAUUUACGAGUCGAGUUAUUGAAUAGUGCAAAGUAAAACAUUGGAUGAACAAAAAAGAAACGUUGGUAUUUCGCGAAUAUCUCAAAAACUAUUGCAGAUAUUCAAAAUUUCGAAAAAAUCCUAGAAGAGCGAAAACUUUAGUAAAACAAUUUUUACUUCACGAAAUUAUGGCAUUCAGGUUUAUAGUUAUAAUUGAACGGUGAAAAUACGUGUAGUUCGACUCGUGAACGUGUUGCUAUGAAGAGACUAUGUUUACAUUUUUCUUCACUGAAAUGAUACUUUUCAACAUAGAGUACAUGUUCCACAAGGUUAAGGAUUUGACAGUUUCUGAUUUUCGCUUCAAAUAAGCCGAAAUAGAUACAUCCUCUGUUAUAAUGUUUUUGAUAUCCAUCCAUUUCGAGAACAAAUAAUAACAACAUUUUCAUACCUAGACAUCGAUUUUUCAGGCAAUAAUUGUUCGGUAGCAGCAUCUGCUACAUUGUAAAUUUCGUAUGGCACAUUUUCAAACUGACUAUCGCUGCUAUACUCUUCAUAGUUCAUUGCAAUAAUUGCGAACAAAACCAUCCAAAUUGCUAUAGUUAUGAUCAACUGCUUUCAUCAAAACCAUAUUGCCAAGAUUUUCAUUUUACUGUGACAACAACGAUGUGAUUUUUCCCUCCCUAAACCGGACAAAUGAUACUUUCCAAAAAAAUGCAUUUGAAAAGUGGGAUUGUGAUGAUUUUACAAUUAGGGAAAAUUAUUUACCUAAUGAAAGCAUAAUUGAAAGGAGAAUUGUGAUGAGAGAUUAUUUUUCAUUCAAUUUCUCAGAAAGUGAACUAGAUUAUCGGGGUUUUACCGAUACAGAACUUGCCAUACUCAAAUGUAUUUCAAAUCUGUUAACAGUUUUCAAACAAUGAAAAUCCGAAUUUCUAACAUUCAGAUAUAUGAUAUCAGUGCCCAUAAGAGUUGGUUUCAUGAUCUACCACCAGAUAACGCUGUUUCGAUUUAUUGUAAAUAGCCCUCAUAGGUAAUAGGCUGGUUCAUGAUUUCCAUGUUUGAGCUUUACUGUUCACAAAAGAACAAAUCUGCGCAAUAAGUAGUUAUGAUGACUCUCCUAAUGAUAUUUAUGAGAUCGACAGAAACAUCUAAGCCAUAUCAUCAAAUGAAAAUGAGAUCCCAAGGGCGAUAUUUCGUUAAAGUAAGAAUAUCUUUCUACAUCUUCUACAUGUCUAGUUUAUUUGUUGGCUGUAUUUGAAUGAUGAUACCAUAUUCACCAGUUCAUCGUAGAGAAGGCUGAUGAUGAUUUUAAUUUUUCGAAAAACACACACACACAUACGUAUAUUAUACAUCACUAGAUAUACAGCUGAAAUUGAUUUCAUUUGGUCCGUACGAUCACCGGUUCCGGAGUACUAGCUCCUCGUCAGUACUGGGAGUGUCAUUUCAGACGGAGUGAACCAUCUGAAUAUCUCAAACAAACAGAAUUAAUUCCAACCAGUCAUGAGCUUUAUCUGCAGUUGAUUCAGUGGGAUAUACCACUGUGCCACAUGCAGACAAAGUCCAGAAACAGCUCCACAAACACGUACUCCGGCGUUGAAAUCCGAAUAAUGAACAUAUUCCGGAGAAAUGCAUAUGAUAUACAUACUCAAGUUCAGGUGGAAACACUUUACCCACUGUUAUUUUGGAUACACAGGGUGUAACAUAAGUACGUUAAAAUAUUCAAGUGACGUUUUCCUGAGACAAUUUUAGGAAAAGAAGUCUAUAUGAAAAUGCUUCAUUUCGGAGAUACGGGGUGUUGAAAUUGAAUUUUUUUGUUCGCUUUUUAAAAAUAACUCUUGCAAAAAAUAAGAUAU